AUGGCAGGAUCAGCAACAUUAACUCUACUUAUUAACGGUACAACCUGUGGCGCUUAGUUAAUUAUCUAUAGCUUAUUCAAAUAGCACCUAUAAAACACAUGUGUUGACAAAGAAAAGGAACUAAGAACAAAUAACUUUUUCGCUUUAACGGAUUGGGAUAAAGUCUAUUAAAUCUCAGGAAUGGAAGAUUUUAGGAAUAAACUUUUUGAAGGAAAGCCAGAAGUCACUCUAGGUAGAAAAUCCACUUAUUCUUCCUUUAAUGAACCUGAAAUACUUUAAGAACUCCGUUUUAGAUAUCUCAGAGGACUAAAAUCUUUAUGCUGGGAAUAAUACGAAAACAGAUAUAUAGGUUCUGGUGCAGCAAAAUGGCUUGAAGAAGGUUUAAAUAUGGCUCUAGACGACCUUACAGUACCUUUAAAGACAUGGGAUAUGACUUAUAUGAAUUUCACAGGUUUCAAGAUUUUAAAAAUGAUGUUUUAUAUGCGUAAUACUCCUGUUAUAGGAAAAAUAGCAAGAAACUAUAUAACAAAUCAUCUCUCAUUUGUUUAUGAAGUAACUACCUCUUUUAUUGUAAUCUCACAUGAAAUUCAAGAACAUAAUCAUGAAUUACCUAUUUCAAAAGAUUAUACUCAUGUUAUGAAUCAAGAAAUGAACUAAAAUAUUGUUCAAGCAGAAAAAUAUAUAGCUGAAUUAGCUUAUAAUUUCCCAGAGUUAAUAAAAACUAUUCAUACUAAAAGAGCAUCAUAUAAUAUUAUUGAAGCUUAAAAAAAAUUCCUUUUAUAAUAUAAAGAUAGUGGAUAUAUUGAUAAUACUGAUUAUAAUAUAUUGAGAUCUGAAGUUGAUUAAAGGACAUUAUCUCUACAAAAUAUGGCAUUCGAUUGGACUAUUCCUACACUCUAAAACUUUUUAUUAGAAUUUCCUAUUUUUAGUACCCUUACUCCUGAAUAAAUAUCUCUUAUAAGAGCUAGUUUUACUCAAAAAUCUUUAUCUGCAGGCACUGAAAUUUAUCAAAAAGGUUAGCCUUUCUAAGGAAUUUAUUUUGUCACUUAAGGAAGUGUCGAUGAUAAGGUAACAGGAGAUAUUUCCUUAAAUAUAGGCAUUGGAGGUUUUUAAGUUUUGCAAAUUGCAUUCGUGAAAAUGAAGAAUAAUCUUAUUCAACUGCAAUAGCUUAUACUAACUGUAUUUUAAAUUAGAUUCCUUUUAUCUUAUAAAAAAUAUAAUGAAAGAAAACAGAAGCUUUGA